AUGUCGAACAACGAAGAAUUGCUGCAGCGUAUCAGUGAACGUCAGAACGGAGGAACGACGUCGUUGAUGGGAAAAAUGCAACCACGAAAGGUUCUGGGAGUUGCGUGGAAUCCUCGAACAAAUAAAUUCGGCUUUGACUUGAGUGCACUGAUCGGGUUUACAAGUACAAUGAAAAAUAGCAAACGUGCCGUACUUCAAUCAUGCGCACGCAUCUUCGACCCAUUCGGAUUCUUGGCGCCAGUUGUCACCAGUGUAAAGCUACUGUUCCAAGCGCUCUGGAAACGAGGAACAGAUUGGGACGACGACUUGCCGUCAGAUAUCUCGAUGGAGUGGAAUGAAUGGUGCAACGAGCUACCGUGUCUCCAGAACGUGAGGAUUCCAAGGAAGCUAGCCGAAGACCUCAAUAACGGCGAGUCAACUAAGACUCUACACGUCUUCUCGGAUGCUAGCCCACGAGCUUACGGCGCAGUCGCGUACUUGAGGACAGAAACACCGCAAGGGGAUGUAAAUGUAGCAUUGGUGAUGUCCAAGUCACGUGUUGCCCCUUUAAAGAAAAUGUCACUCCAACGUUUGGAACUGAUAGGUGCAGUUGUCGCCGCACGGCUGUCGAACUACAUCAUUAAAACACUUCCUCCUCUCGCUUUGGCGACCCGUGUUUGGUCGGACUCGACUGUAACCCUGCAUUGGAUUAAGGGCAAUACCGAAAGAUGGAAACAAUUUGUCGCCAACCGCGUCUCCGAGAUUCAGCAGCUGGCGAAUCCCGCUAAUUGGAGUCACUGCCCAGGAAAAGAAAACCCCGCGGACUUGCUUACGCGUGGCCAACGACCGGACGCCCUCCUGAGAAGUCAAGUGUGGUGGAAUGGUCCACAAUGGCUACAGAUACCGCAGUCACAAUGGUUACUUGAGCCCUCGGUACCAGCGAACGUGGAAGAUUACUCCGCAGAAGAGAGAAAAAGUGUGAAGAUCCACCACGUUGUUACCGAACCGGUGUCAAGUCCCAUAUUACGCAUCGAAAGCUACAGCUCCCUAACGCGAGUGACCCGUAUAACUGCGUGGGUCAAACGGUUCGUCAGCAACUGCAGGAACAGAUCACGUAGACAGACGGGACAACUGACUUCCGAGGAAUUAACGGCUGCAGAGAUUUAUUGGAUAACUAACGUGCAAAGGGAUGCAUUCGCCAAAGAUAUUGCGAAGUUGCGUUCAACGGAGCCGCUCGGACCAGACAGCACUAUUUGUAACCUUUCCCCACACCUGGACAAUAAUGGGAUUCUCCGUGUUGGGGGAAGACUCCAGUUCAGCGACAUAAAGGAGACAACGAAGCAUCCUGUGAUCCUUCCGUCAACUCACUCAUUUACUGCCCUUCUCAUUGACAGGGAACACAGACGACUGCUGCAUGCAGGGGUGCGGGAUACUUUGGCUCAGCUACGGGAGGACUAUUGGAUCGUGAAGGGACGCCAGGCUGUGAAAAGGAUUAUCUGGCGUUGUCUAAUUUGCCGAAAGGAAAAGUGCAAGCCCGCGACAGAGCCGGUAGCCCCACUUCCCGCUGCCCGAGUGUCAAAGCGUGAGCCGUUCGAUGUAACCGGGAUUGAAUUCGCCGGACCCCUCCUUUAUCGUGAAGACGGUGACACUCACAAGGCAUACAUUGUCGUCUUCACCUGUGCAGUUACGCGAGCGAUCCAUUUGGAACUUGUGAGUGACUUAUCAGCGGGUGCAUUUUUGCUAGCGUUUAAACGCUUUGUGAGCAGAAGAGGCAUAUCCAGCACAAUUUAUACGGACAAGGCGCUGACGUUUAAAUGUGCGUCUAAGGAUAUCGCAAAGUUAUUUCAAAGCAUGCAGGGAGAGGAAAUACAGGCAUACUUUGCCAGCCGCCGAAUCAAAUGGCGAUACAUUGUAGAGCGAGCCGCGUGGUGGGGUGGCCCCUGGGAACGAAUGGUGAGAUCUGUUAAAGUAGCCCUACGCAAAGUAUUGGGGAGAUGUAGUCUCAACUUCGAAGCGCUUACGACCGCUCUCACGGAGAUAGAGGCCGUCAUUAACUCCCGCCCUUUGACAUACCUGUAUUCCGACGCGGGGGAGCCGGAACCUCUUUCACCCUCGCAUUUUUUAGUCGGGCGCAAACUGACGUGCCUGCCACCGCAACGUGCAAGACGUCCAGUUGUGUCAACGAAGCACGAAAUCGAACGUCAGUGGGCGUACCGAACUAAACUACUGGACGGCUUCUGGCGGAGAUGGCGCACGGGAUACCUGCAGGAACUUAGGUCAGCACACAUCAGCAGACCUGCAGCGUCAAGUGGCCUCGAAAUUGGUGACCUUGUUCUCAUGCAGGACGAUCGACUACCCAGACACCUCUGGAAGACUUGCCGUAUAAAGGAUGUGCAUCGUGGACGAGAUGGGAAAUCCCUGGUUUCCGCAGCGAUUGCAGCGGAGCUCGGCGAUGAGUGGUUGAGCUUUCCACGGGAUGCUGUUGGCAGAGUGGCCAGCAAGGACUCCUUUACGCGACGGGACUCACGCCUCGCUGACGCCGUCGCGGCCGCGGAUGGAACACUCAUUGCAAUCAUUGGGCCACAGUAUACUUCUCCAACCAUCACCAAAGACGCCUACUGGUGCAGCAAGCAACACUACGCGAAGCUUCAAGUUCUUUAUCGCGUUGAGCUAUCGGCCUCUGAAGACAACGUCGGCGCCCGCGGCCUGACUUUGCCGUGGACACGACAAGCGGAGGACAUGCCAGACCUGCGAGGCAGCCCACCCAUCUCCCACUCGUGA